GUCAGUCUUUCAACUUUUACUUCAACACCCGCACACACUCACACACGAUUUUACAUACGCCAUGCGCCUCAUCAUCAAACCCGCGUACGACGAAGUCAGCGAAUGGGUCGCCAUGUACGUCAAGACGCGCAUUCGCGAGUUCAAUCCCGGCCCGGAUCGCCUCUUCACGCUGGGCUUGCCGACGGGCUCGACGCCGACGGGCACGUAUGCCAAGCUGGUCGAGAUGCACAAGGCUGGCGAGAUCUCGUUCAAGUACGUCGUCACGUUCAACAUGGACGAGUACGUCGGGCUGCCGCGCGAGCAUCCCGAAAGCUACCACUCCUUCAUGUGGAGCAAGCUCUUCAGUCACAUUGACAUUGAUCCCGCGCACGUCCACAUCCUCAACGGCAACGCCCCUGAUCUGCAGAAGGAGUGUGACGAGUAUGAGCGCAAAAUUGCCAGCUACGGCGGCAUUGAGCUCUUCCUUGGCGGUAUCGGACCCGACGGUCACAUUGCAUUCAACGAGCCUGGCUCGUCGCUUGUGUCGCGAACCCGCAUCAAGACCCUUGCCUAUGACACCAUUUUGGCCAAUGCGCGCUUCUUUGGCCACGAUGUCACCAAGGUUCCCAAGAUGUCUCUGACUGUUGGCGUUGGCACGGUCAUGGACGCGCGAGAGGUGCUCAUCAUCAUCACAGGCGCUCACAAGGCAUACGCUCUCUACCAAGCAAUUGAGCAAGGCGUGAGCCAUAUGUGGACAGUCAGUGCCUUCCAAAUGCAUCCACGGGCCAUCUUUGUUUGCGACGAGGAUGCAACCCUGGAACUCAAGGUCAAGACAGUCCGCUACUUCAAGGGUAUCAUGUCGGUGCACGACAAUCUGCUUGCGCCCGAAGACCGCGAUCGUCUUGGCUCGAAUAUCGCCGCGACUCAGGGCAAAGCGCAUUGAUCGGGACUUGAGUUUGUUUCGAUACGUCGUGUGCUCGCAUCACCCCAAACCACUUCGUCGUCGCUUCUAAAAACUUUUUGCAAAUGAAGAAACCAGCUGU